AUGUCCUCUACACACGCGGCACCCUUCCUCGCCCCUCCCCGCCCAACCCACGCCUCCUUCAGCCCCUUGGAACUGAUACUCCGUCGCGGCAUCCUCCUGGAGCGUGUCUUGAGAGGAGUUGACGAAAGCAAGAUGCUGCUUCAGAAAUCUUGCAAGGCCUCGCGCACGAUGGCAGGUGGCGCUUUGGGCUCCUUCUGCGGCGGACGUCUUAUCUCGCAGGUGUUGGGCCACAAUGAGCACCUCUACGUCAAGCUUCCCAAGGGCUUCUGGAGCGCUCACGUGAUCAUGGGCGCGGGCGUCACCAUGGAAGCCGUUCUGCUCCUUCUCGCCCCAUCCAUUGCCUCGUCUUUGGGCGUCACGCCGCAUCUGGAUGAGGACGCCACGCCCGCCGCUCGGGUUGCUGGCGCCGCCCUGGCCGGUCUGUGUGUGUUCGUCUGGUCGCUCUUAGGGACCUCAGACAAGCACUAUGCUCGAACGAUGCUGCUGUCCAUGAUAACCUACCACGUCCUUGCCGUCUGCGUCGCUGGUGCUGCCGCCUUCACCGAGGACGACGUGGAUGCCGUGGAUGAGUACCGCCUGGCCAUGGUCGUGGCCCUGCGAGCAGCCAUGUGUCUCCUUUGCUUAGCCUACUUCUACUCCAUCGCUGGUUACACCCCUAUACGUGGACAGAAACCAUCUGGCUUCCCGCAGUCCAGCUGUAGCCGUAAAGAAAAUUGAGGAAAGAUGGCCCAGUGGGUGUAUGGAGAUGAGGGCCUUGGUUGGUGGGGUUGAAAAAGUAAUAGGUCUUUCAACCUACAAAGUGAAGGGAGGGUCCAAGGUGGUCUUGGAGAUUCAUAGAAAAAAUAAAAACAGUAUCUGGACUUUUUUCUCGCAUUUUCUUUUUUCUUUUUUUAGAGGCAACAGAGAAAAUAAAUUUUCCAGAUUAUUUUGCUUUUAUAAGAUAUAUCUUAGAGAAGUUUGGGGAAUGUAUGCAAGCACUUUUUAUGCACUUUUUUUAAGUUAAGGAAGAGAAUUAAAUUUUUGUUGGGGGUAAAAGUUAUUUUACAAGAUCUCAUGUUUGUUAUGACUUGCAUGUACAAUAUAACCAAGAAACAUAUACCCAAUAAAUGAUUAUGUAUUUGGCAGUUAAUAUAAAAAUUUACCUAUGAAUGGCAAUUCAUAUAUAUAAAACAACAAAAGCCAGUAUAGAUUUUUCUUUCUCUGAUUUUGAGAUGCUGUGUAUAUAUUUUUCACAAAGAGGCUUUAUUGAAAUUUGAGUCAUAAAAAUAUUACAUCCAUAAAAGAGCAACAGAAGUAAUGCCAGAUGUGACACCAGCUCUCAGAACUCAUGUGCUUGCAUAAAUAACAGCUUUUUAACAGCUCCCACACUACAGAUGCCAUGAUAAUGCAUCAUUGCUUAUUGCUGAAUAUAAACACAAAGUGAGAUAUGAAAUAGUUCUGAUAUAUGGUAAUUGUGUAGUAAUGAUUUAUACAAAUGUUAGGAUGGCCAUACAAACCAUACAGCUACAAGGGCAAGAAAUGUGCAAAGAUAAAUUGCUUUUUUUUUGUCUUUUUUCCAGCAAGAAGAUUAACCAGAUGGUUGUCACUAAUUUCUUUCAGACAAAGUCAUCGUAACAUAAAUAUUCUGAUAUAGAUCAUCACUCCUCUAAAAAAAAAAAGUCAUUUCAUUUUAUGUAUAGUUCAUGGAAAGUCCUUAAGUGUUUUGAUAGAUGUAAAUGUAAGGAAUGACUUGCAGUAGGUGAUUCAUUGUCUUAAUUGUUGCUGUAUUUGCCAAAACAGUCAUACAAGACAGACUUUGACUAUAUCUAUGUGUAACUUAUUGAAUGGUUGUCUUGAGUGUUGCCAUCAGGGUGGUAGGUAAAAAGAAGCACUCUUGCUGUUGUUGUGGUCAUAGUGUUAUUAAAGUUAUCUGCACAGUGUUUCUGUGGAAAAGUAGCUCAUUUCUGUAUAUCUGUUAAAUGUGAGGCCUCAUUGGUUUGCUUUGUGUGUUCAAAAUUCCUAUCUGAUUAUGAAGAAAAAAUUACAAAUUUAUAUUUCAUCUGAAUUUUUAUUUUUAUUUUAUUUUUUUAUUUUUAUUUUUGACUUUACUGAAUUAUGUGAUCAUAUUGAUUCCUAUGACCUUGAGAGUAUAUUUUAAAACAUUUUAUAAUUAGUCUUUGAUAACUCCUAUACAUAGUUAGCUCAUUUUUGCUGCCCUAUCAGAAAUCUAGCAUUUUAUAUGUUAGGUAGAUUUAUAUACUGUCACUCAAAGUAUGAAAAUACAAUGAAAAAAGUAUGUGUACCAUGACUGUACCAUGUUCUCUAAGCAAUCGUGGAUUUUACAGUAUUUUUGAGAAAGAUCAUAAUGGAAGGAAUUAUAUUAUUAAUAUUUUUAGUGUAUUAAAAUUGUGUUAUAAUGAGUAGGUAAUAUGUUUUUGGGUACAAAAAUAAAUAAUUUGAAUUCUAUUGAUAUUCUUAUGUAUUAUUGAUAAUCUGUUUAUUUUACAAACAUGAUUUCAUGUUU